CCGGUCUGCGUAUCCCGGGCUCCUCGCGGCUUCAGACUGCUCGCACGCGCGGAGAGAUGCUGACUAUCCGCUGGUGACGACUUUUGUUCUUCUGCCUGUCGGACUUCAGGUCGUUUAUUACUAGUCCGGUGAAGAAUCUGCGAGCGAGGGAGUGCGAGAAAGAGAGAGGGAGAGAGAGAGAGAAAGAAAGAAAUAAAGAGCAAAAAUCGGGACAUUUUGAGCGAGUUUUCUUGUCUUGUUGCUUUUAGAAGAAGAGAAUGAAGACGCCGACAAUCUUGGCGCGUGCGAUCGGCCUGGCGCUCGCGCUGUCGGUUGCCGUCGUCUCCAGAAAAGUGAACAAGCACAAGCCAUGGAUCGAGACGUCAUAUCGUGGUGUAAUCACUGAGAACACAGACGUGGUCCUGCUCGACCCCCCUCUGGUGGCACUGGACAAGGACGCACCUGUCCCAUAUGCAGGGGAGAUCUGCGCAUUUGGAGUCCAUGGUUCUGACGCUCCGUUCGAGGCUGUGGUCCUGAACAGGACGUCUGGAGAAGGCCAGCUGCGGGCGCGAAGCCCCAUCGACUGUGAGCGCCAGAGAGAGUACACAUUCACCAUCCAAGCACACGACUGUGGAUCAGGUCCUGGAGGCAUCGGAGCAAAGAAAUCACACAAAGCGGUGGUCCACGUGCAAGUUGGUGACGUGAACGAGUUCUCCCCAGUGUUCAGCAGUGCCGUGUAUUCGGGCUCUGUGCAGGAGGGCAGAGUGUGUGACAGCAUCCUGCAGGUCGAUGCCACAGACCGAGACUGUUCGCCUCAAUACAGCCAGAUCUGCAACUACCAGAUCGUCACAGAGAACGCGCCAUUUGCUAUCGACCGCAACGGCAACAUCAGGAACACGGAGAGCUUGAGCUUUGACACCCAGUCACACUAUGAGAUCAGUGUGACAGCUUUUGACUGUGGGCAGAAGAGAGCGACACGGAGUGCGACUGUACACAUUCACGUCAAACCCAUCUGCAAACCCGGCUGGCAAGGGUGGAGUAAACGUGUGGACUAUGAGCCAGGUAUGGGUAGUAAACCCCUAUUUCCCAAGAUGCACCUGGAGACGUGUGAGGGCACGGUGUCUUCAGUCAGAACCACUGUUGAGCUACAGACCGGUCAUAUCGGGAAAGGCUGCGAUCGAGAGACCUACUCAGAGAAAUCGCUGCAGAAACUAUGCGGAGCUUCUUCUGGCAGCACUGACCUUCUCCCCGCCCCGAGUGCAGCGUUUAAUUGGACAAUGUCACUGCUGACGGAUGGCGGGCGCGACAGUGAGCUCAUAUUCCGUUUUGAUGGACGACAAGCAGCAAAGAUUCCUGACUGGGUGGCACCACAGAACUUGACGGAUCAGUUCACCAUAGCAACAUGGAUGAAGCACGGGCCGAGCCCUGGACUGAGAGGGGAGAAAGAGACACUGCUCUGUAACUCGGAUAAAACAGAGAUGAACAGACAUCAUUACUCUCUGUAUGUGCACAACUGCCGACUGGUGUUCCUACUGAGAAGAGAUUACACCCAGAGCUCCUCGUUCAGACCAGCCGAGUUUCACUGGAAACUGGAACAGAUCUGUGAUAAGGAGUGGCAUUACUAUGUCAUUAAUGUCGAGUUUCCUGUGGUGACGCUGUAUGUGGAUGGUGUGACCUAUGACCCCUAUCUGGUGACGGACGACUGGCCAAUCCACUCGUCUCAGAUUGAUGUACAGCUCACCGUCGGAGCCUGCUGGCAAGGUGGCGAAGUAUCUAAAGCCAAGUUCACGCAAUAUUUCCGUGGGAGUUUGUCAGGUCUGACGGUGAGGCCGGGAAAAAUCGAGAGUCAGAAGGUGAUUUCCUGCCUGCAGGCUUGCAAAGAGGGACUGGACAUCACGUCUCUGGAGAGUAUGGACAAGGGCUUAAAGUUCCACUUUAACCCAGCGCAGUCAGUGCUGGUGAUAGAGGGAGAAGAUCUGGAACAGGUCAACGCAGCUCUGAGGAAAGUCUCCUACAUCAAUUCGCGCCAGUUCCCCACAGCCGGAGCACGCCGCAUCCACAUCUCCACUACAGUACAGUGUUUCGGAGAAGACGUGUGCAUUUCUGUUCCUGAUCUCGACACAGUCGUCAUGGUAAUGCAACCAAGUGAACCACGAAUCACAAUAACCGGGGCGGAGCAUCUCAGCAUCCCCGCCUCUGACCUUGUCCUUGGGUUGUCAUUGUUCAGGGAUUUGCAUAUCAGCAGCACCGUCAUGAAGAGCGACCAAACCUCACACAACACAGUGCACAGGUCAGGCAUGUUAGAAGAAAUCGUCCAUAAUCUCGACUACUGUGACAUCCUGGUGUUAGGCGAGGAGUUAAGAGAAGGGUUAGAGACCCUCCAGCUGCCCCACAGCGCACUAUUGGGCAAGCACUUGGACUAUACCAACUCGACAUCCGGCAUGUCCAUUUAUGGUGUGGACUCCAUGGUUCACUAUGCUCAGGUCAUCAGACAGGUACAGUACCAGAACCUGCAGAACGAUGUGUCGGCAAGAACAUUCAGAGUGACCUGCUCCGAACUCAACGGACGAUACACCAGCAACCCAUUUACACAGCAGAUUAAUAUACUGCACAGAGAACAGCCUGUCAAGCAUGUCAAUCACAUAAUGGCUCAACCCAAAUCCAUGCUACUUAGUCAUCAUCCAACCCCAGCCUUCAACACCCAGAGCUCUGAUUUGUCCGGUGUAGGGAUAGUGGUGUGUGUUGCCGUUCUGAUGGUGGUGGUAGUCUCGGUUAUCUACCAGGUCUACCUCAAAUACGUCCAGGAAGUCCUGGGAGCAAACACUCAAUUAAAGGAAGAGAAGGACUUGGAUCUGUCAGCUCUAACCAUUACUGUGAACCCGCUGGAGAGCUUUGAGGAGCUCCAGCCAGCAGAAGAAUUAACCGAAGCAGAAGUGGAAGAUGAGGAGGAAGAUGAUGAUGAUGACAUCACUAGCAGUGAAUCAGACAGUGAUGAAGAAGAAGCUCGCAGCAUGCAACCACAGCCAGAAAUGCUGAGCAAGCUACACUGGCCAAAAGCAUCAUUGCACUGCUGAGAACACCUUCACGCAUAUACAUCACACACACACACACACACACACACACCUGUGCAUUUGCAGGAUGCCUUCAUGCAGAAACAGGAAUUAAAAAGAUCCACUGAAAAGAAUUUUCCAAGACAGUCACACGAGUAGACUUCUGAUUGGCUGUGAUGUAGAAAAUCUGGAAGGGAACAGCCAACAUUAUUUCAGGUGGUUUGAGAACAAGUUUCACAUUAGAGAGCUAUAGUAUGUGCUAAAUUCUUUCUUUACUAAAUGUACUAAAACUAUGUGGAUUCCUGAUUAACAGACCCAUAUUUGGUUCUUCCCCAAACCUUUGCCACAGAGUUUGAAGCACUAAGUAAUGUGUAGCAUUAAGAUUUCCUUUCACUAGGUUCAAAGAGGCACAAACUUGUUCGAGCAUGACAACAUGAAGACAUGGUUCGACAAGGUUGGAAUGGAAGAACUUAAAUGUCCUGCACAGUGCCCUGACCUCAACCACCCUGAACUCUACUGGAACACUGAUUGUAUGCUAGACCUUUUCACCUGACAUCAGCACCCAACCUCACUAACACUCUUGUGGCUGAAUGAUCACAAAUCCCCAAAGCUAAAGAGGACCUUAAUCUGGACAGGGAUGCACAUAUAGGUCUGAUUGGUCAGGUGUCUACAUACUUUUGGUUGCAUAGUGCAUCUUAGACACAUCUGUACAUCUGACCUCAUUUUCCUACAAAGCCAUGCCGACAUUUCUAUCCAAUUCUUUUUAAAAAAAAUUCCUAGGUAGGAAUCAUAGACCAAGGUUGGAAUAAAAUUAAAAAAAAUCUGUGUAACUGUCUGGAGUUUCAAUGAAUCAUACCUAGAUUCAAUUUAUUUAUUUCAGUAUUGUAGGUAUUUUGGCUGUUCUGUUAUUUAUUAACACGUACAGGGGGCGGUGGCAGCUCAAGUGGUUAAGGCUUUGGGUCGUUGACUGGAAGAUCGGGGGUUCAAGCCCCAGCGCCACCAAGUUGCCACUGUUGGGCCCUUGAGCAAGGCCCUUAACCCUCUCUGCUCCAGGGAUGCUGUAUCAUGGCUGACCCUGUGCUCUGAUUCCACCCUCCAAGGAUGGGAUAUGUGAAGAAAGAAUUUCACUGUGCACUAAUGUAUAUGAGACAAAUAAAAGCUAUUUCUAGAAACUAUAUGGCCAAUAUUCAUUAUGUACCAAGAAACAGAUCAGAUAUGUGUGUGGCAUUCUGGGAAAAGCAGUCAGAUGUCACAGGGACUGAAUUCUGGCAAACACCCCCAAAAUGAUUAAAAAUGAAUCAGGUUUAUUAUUAUAAGGAUUUCUUCCAGUAAUAUACUCUGACAUAUCUACUUUAGGAAAACAAAUCUGUUUUUACUAAUAUUGCCUUGGCUGACUGUCUGCAGACAGAAUGACCCAGUUUACCAAAGGAAAUGGUUAGUUUAAGUUGCUGUAUAGCUACACGCUUUUGCGAAAUGGACAUAAGCCUAAUCUAUUCACUUUGUAACAUGAUACCAGCUGUCGGAUUGUCCCUUAUGCUUCUGUACCAUCACAUCAUCAUCAUCAUCAUCAUCAUCA